GUUUCCACCUAAAUGUUUUCAUCCCUCUUGAAGUGUGCUCCCGUGACUCAUUUCAUUUGAAUUUGCAGCACAAACGUCUAGAUGUUUCCUGUUUCGAGCUACCCCUCCACUGAAGCUCGGAGUGGAUGGUAGAAAGUACAUGCUUUACCUUUGAGUUCGUUUCCCAUAGCUGAGUCAAACUCAACGGAUUUUGUCGUCUUUUACUGACACAUUCAUUUGCCUUCAGCGCGACACGUCAUUGGAGUUAGUUGGAGCAGUGAACCAGGAUGGGGAUGGUCCAGUCGUCAAUGUGAGCUCUGUUCAGGACCGGACGCUGUGUAGGAGUGCCGAGGGGCUUGACCUCUGAUCUAAGCUGUGACCUGUUGACCCUUAAACCUCUGAACUCUGACCGCUCCAGCUCAGGAUGGAGGAGCAGUCCAGCUACCCCAAUGUCAGCAUUCCCUGCUACCCCAAUGUCAGCAUUCCCUGCUACCCCAAUGUCAGCAUUCCCUGCUACAACGAGCAGAGGGACAAGAAGAAGCGCUACACUGUUUACAAAGUGAUGGUCAAUGUAGGAAGACAUGAGUGGUUUGUCUUCAGGCGAUACGCAGAGUUUGACAAGCUCUACAACACAUUGAGGAAACAGUUUCCAUCUUUGAACUUGAAAAUCCCACCCAAGAGAAUAUUUGGGGACAACUUUGACCCAGAGUUUAUCAAGCAAAGAAGAACAGGUUUACAUGAGUUCAUUCAGAGACUGGUCUCACAUCCUCAGCUCAGAAACCAGCCUGAUGUCAGAGCAUUCCUGCAGAUGGACAAAUCUCAAAACUUCUCAGACCCAUUAGAAGAUGACAAGAUAAUCUGUUCCAUCUCUGGUUUACAGAACGGCUCUACCUCCAGAAAUAUUAACCUGGGACCGUCUGGAAAUCCACAUGCAAAGCCCACAGACUUUGACUUUCUCAAAGUCAUUGGAAAGGGGAGCUUUGGAAAGGUUCUCCUUGCUAAACGGAAACUGGACGGAAAGUAUUACGCAAUCAAGGUCCUGCAGAAAAGUGUAAUCCUCAACAGGAGAGAGCAAAAACACAUCAUGGCGGAGCGCAAUGUGCUACUGAAGAACAUGAAACACCCUUUCCUGGUUGGCUUGCAUUAUUCCUUCCAGACGACUGACAAGUUGUACUUCGUCUUGGAUUUUGUCAACGGGGGAGAACUCUUCUUCCAUCUUCAAAAAGAACAGACCUUUCCGGAACCCAGAGCCAAGUUCUACAUCGCAGAAAUGGCAAGCGCACUGGGCUAUCUGCAUUCUCUUAAUAUAGUUUACAGGGAUUUGAAGCCAGAAAAUAUCCUUCUGGACUCUGAAGGACAUAUAGUUUUGACUGACUUCGGGUUGUGCAAGGAAGGUAUUUCCCAAGCCGAGACGACAAGCACAUUUUGUGGGACACCCGAGUACCUAGCUCCAGAGGUCCUGAGGAAACAACCGUAUGACAACACAGUGGACUGGUGGUGUCUGGGAUCAGUGCUCUAUGAAAUGCUCUUUGGCCUGCCUCCGUUCUACAGCAGAGACACCCAUGAGAUGUAUGACAACAUCCUCCACAAGCCCCUGAUGAUGCGUCCUGGAGCGUCCAACACGGCCUGGUCCCUCCUGCAGGCUCUACUGGAGAAGGACGGCACACACAGACUGGGCUCCAGAGAUGACUUUAAUGAGAUCAAAGCUCACUACUUCUUCUCAGAGAUCAACUGGGAUGACCUGGAACAGAGGAAGGUUCCACCUCCAUUCACUCCCAAUGUGAAUUCUCCUCAUGACAUCACAAACUUUGAUCCAGAAUUCACAGGCGAGACUGUUACGAACUCUGUGUGUUAUACUGAAGAUUCCAUAGUCAACGCCAUCGUGAUGGAGGCUGAUGAUGCCUUCCUAGGUUUCUCCUAUGCACCACCAUCAGAUGACUCCUUUCUAUGAAAGACUCGCUGUGAGGACUGAGGACCUGCCCCAGAGUUCUGGGAAAUUGCCUUAACUCAGUGUUCUUCUAUCAUGGUCCUGUUAAUCCACAGGGUAUGCAGGUUUUUGUUCCAACCCAGUAGAGCUUGUCGAUUAGUUGAAUCAUGUGUGUUAGUGCUGGGCUGGAAGGAAAGCCUGCACACCCUGCUGGUCUCCAGGAUCAGGACUGAAGAACAGUGCCUCAACCUGUCCAGAUUCUUUUGAAUAAAAGGGAAUUCAUACUGUGGAUGAACCCGUUUUGAGAAAAGAUAAACCGAGCAGAAGUGGUGAUCAGACAGCACUUAUGAAUAUGGUUUGGGCUGCAGUGUGUCAAGAAAUCUUUAUUUUUACCUAUUUAUAUAGCAGAAUAUAUUUUUAAGAAAUGUAGGCCAUCUUUCUUGACACGUAUUGUUUGUUGGCUUAUGUUGAUCCACAUAGUGGUGUCAAUGUUGGUCCUUUUGUUUGAAGAAAAGAUAAACAUUCACAGUGUCUUUUCAGGAUGGGAUGGGUAAAACUAAUCCCCCAAAUAAAAUCCAAGUUUAGAACUAGAAUCCUUCAUUAAAACAAUACCAAGACAUUGUGCCCUCCACUUCUCUCUACAAAGCUAUGGGAUGGUGCUGGAGAAAUGUAACCGCUCUCAAAUUCAUAGACAGCUAUAGAUACAAGGACUGACCAUCCAUGAUAUCAAAUGUAUAGUUUUGAGGCUAUACAGUGUUUUUUACAUUUACAUUGUUUACAAAGUUAUUUUGGGUUCUAACGGGUACAACAGAUGAACUAAGCUAAGAGUUAUAUUCUUCAAUAAUCAAUGGGUAUAUACACUGAGUGGACAAAACAUUAGGAACAUCUGUUCUUUCCAUGACAAACUGACCAGGUGAAUCAAGUUGAAAGCUAUGAUCUCUUAUUGAGGUCACUUGUUAAGGGAGGAGAUGGGGUAAAGAAGGAUUUUUAGGCCUUGAGACAGUUGAGACAUGGAUUGUGUGCCAUUCAGAGGGUGAAUUGGCAAGUGCCUUUGAUCGGGGUAUGGUAGUAGGUGCCAGGCGGACCGGUAUGAGUGUGUCAAGAACUACAACGCUACUGGGUUUUUCACGCUCAACUGUUUUCCGUGUUUAUCAAGAAUGGUCCACCACCCAAAGGACAUCCAGACAACUUUACACAACUGUGGGGAGUGUUGGAGUCAAUGUGGGCCAGCGUCCCUGUGGAACCCUUUUGACACCUUGUAGUGUCCAUGCCUUGAUGAAUUGAGGCUGUUCUGAGGGGAAAAGGUGGUGCAAAUCAGUAUUAGGAAGGUGUUCUUAAUGUUUUGUACACUGUAUAUCAUUCAUUUAUAAUUAUGUAGCAACUAGGGAUUCUAGCUUCAAAAGUGUAAGUGGGGAAUAAAACAACUUCCUCAAUCAUUUCUGUUCCACUUUAAAAACAGACUGUGGCCUUAAUGAAAUGACAGUGAACAUGUCAUUAUAUUCUCUCAGAAGAACAGAACAGCUGAAAGGAAUUGUGUUUUGUCUCUUCUCUCUUUAAAAGAUGGCUUAUCUUAGUUCAUUUUUUUUCUCAAUGGGGGAAUACUUGAGAUGUCACUGAAUAGAGUCUUGUGUUGACAGAGGUAAUUUCAGUUCAUAUUUUCAUUUUGAUAUAGUUCAUAGACCUUUUCUGUGAUGGCUCCAUCCAUGACUUUACCUUGCAAACAGAUGCUGAGCCAUCUGAUUGCUUUCUAGCUAUGUUGGUUGCUUGCCUGUCUGUAUUAUAGCUUACAUCUCGUAAUCUUGUUUUAAUUGACACUCAGAUAUUACUCAGAAAUCCUCAACCAUUUUGGGUUUUCACACAAUUUCUAAGUAGUGAGUGUGGUCAACAGUCCUCAUUGUUCAAUAUAAUGCUUUAGAUGAGAAGUACUGUACACAAUAAAAUAAGAAUUAAACUA